GCCUGCAGGCCCUGGGAAGCGGUCCUGCGGUGUCUGGCCGCAACCGCGGGCGGGGCGGCGGGGACGCGGGCUGCGCCUGCUGGGGGCCCAGUCCAGUCCCGGGGCUGCGCUGGGGGCGGGCGGUGGUCUCCGGGGGCUGCACGCCCGCGACCUGUCCCCUCUCCCCUGCAGCCAGGCGCUGGAUGGCUUCUGUACCCGGCUGUGCCCGUCCCCGCUCCCACAGCUUGUGCCUGGACUGAGUCCUUUUAUCCUCGCAGUCACCCCAUGGCGUGCACCGUUAUUAUCCCCGUGUUGCCGACGGGGAAACUGAGGCACACCGAGACGAGGCCCCUUCCUGGAAGCCACACAGCUUGUGAGUAGCAGCGUUUACUUAUGGUUCUGACCAGGCCCGCUGGUACUUGCGUAGAGAGGGUGUCCAUUCAUUGGUGGAGGCGUCGACAGAUUCUGUGUCUCACGUCCUGCGUUAUCUGGAGCCGGUUCCCGCCAGCGCUGUGGCCGCAGACCGUCUUUCAGUAGGUGUCAGGACCCGACCGGCUCUGUCCUGGGGUUGAGCCGAGGCCGCCUGGCCCUCAUCUUUCCUUUGUCCCUCUGCAAAGGCUCCAGCGAGCAGUGCGCCCCACACCAGAGAGCAAAGCACCGGGAGGAGAGCUCUUCCAGAACCGUCACUGCUUCCUUCUGACCGAGAUAAAGUCUUCACACGGAAGGGGGUGGGAAUAAGGGAGAAUUCUUGCUGGGUUCCAUAUGGAAGGGCAAGUGGCGUGGUCCGAAGAACGUCAGACGGUGAGGGUCGCGGGAGGACAGCUGCGAGCUUAGUCCCGCAAAGCGGACUGGGUCUGCUGGUGCCGCGGCGCUUGGGUCCGCUGGGCCUGACAGUCGUGAUUUGUCGGGAUGCAGCGUGUACUUAGCAGUGAGGCGCUCCAAGCAACCAGGUAUGAGGCAGAAGGGCGGAAAAGAGAGGAGGACUUGCCACACGGUGGUGGAGGAGUCCUUGGAUGGAGCCUGAGCAAGGCAAUGGCUCUCAUCUUGUGAACACAAUGACCUCCUAGCCUCUGAAAUAGCUGAGGGUUCCCCGCUGAGACUCUGGUCACUCACAACAGUCCUGCCUUCCCGUGCAUCCUCCGAAGCCAGGAAGAACACUCCUCUGUCCCCGCUCUGUAGCAGCAGCUGCUGAAGGGAGCCUCACAAAUUCUCUGGGAGCCGCCGUCCUUAAAUGUGCACCCUCACAAUUUUAAAAUUCAUUUGAGAUCUGCACAGCACUAGUAUCUCUUUAUGUUGUAUGUGAUAUUCUUUACUGUAAAUGCUUUGCUGUCUUCUAACUUGUAGCAUUAACAGAAGCUUUGUGAGAAAAAGACAAGCAAGUACUAGUUAUGCCAUUUCACGAUGUGGGACCAGGCUUUCAGAAAGGAAUGUCUAUUAUCCUUGACCCCCACUAAAUCGCAAUAGCACCAUCCAAUCAACAUGACGAUCCAAAAAAACCCCUCACCAAUUUCCAGAAGUCUCCCCGGGAGGUAGUACUGCUGCCUUGAGAAUUACUGUCAUAAAAGAGAGAAAUGACCGUGAACUGUCAACAAAAUCCUGAUGGCGUAGUUGGAGGGUCUGUGCUACAAGAAUGCAGGCCAGCCAACCUAGCAAUACGGCGGAUUCCUACUAAGAAAUGAACGCACCAUAAAGUAUGCAGCUGGAUUGUAGUGGGAGGUUCUAAAUAAACCAGACUCUUAUUCGAUCUAGUGGUAGCGCUUCUGUGUUCCCUGUUUCCAGUUGGAAGGCAUGUUUUUGGCCAAGCUGGAUACAGACAGCAUCAUCACAUUGCCUUUGAGGUUCUCCACGUGUGACUUCUUGGUGGAUGUCCUCCACGGCUCACCUGCACAUCUGGGAGGGUUCCAGUCUACAAGAAAGAAAAUACCUGUGAAACCAGAUCAUGUCCUAACCCAGUGGAUCUCAGACUGUGCUGUGAGCAGAAGCAUCAGGGGAAAUGGAAUCCCAGCAUGUGAAUUGGACAUGGUCAUUCAGUCGGAGGGAGAACAGCUGUGGAUGCUGGAACUUCAAGGAACUGAAGAGGGGAGUGAGCGACAAUACCUGUCUGGGAGAAUUCAUGGUGGAGAAAAGCCUUUUGAAUGCCAUGAAUGUGGGAAAACUUUUAGCCGAAGUACACACCUUAUUGAACAUCAGAGAACUCACACUGGAGAGAAGCCGUACGAAUGCAGUGACUGUGGGAAGGCUUUUAGCCGGAGCACUCACCUGAGUCUGCAUCAGAGAAUCCACACUGGAGAGAAACCGUAUGAAUGUGCUGAGUGUGGAAAAGCCUUCAGCCGAAGCACUAACCUCAGCCAACAUCAGCGAACUCAUACUCAAGAGAAACCUUACAAAUGUAAUGAAUGUGGGAAAGCCUUCAGUGACCGUUCAACCAUAAUUCAGCACCAGCGAAUACACACCGGAGAGAAUCCCUAUGAGUGCAGUGAAUGUGGAAAAGCUUUCAGUUGGAUCUCCUCUCUCAUUGAGCAUCAGAGAACACACACCGGGGAGAACCCCUAUGAAUGCAGCGACUGUGGGAAAGUGUUCAGUCGCAGCUCUUCCCUCGUGGAGCACCAGAGAGUCCACACUGGGGAGAAGCCGCACGAGUGCAGAGAAUGUGGGAAGGGCUUCAGUCGGAGCUCAUCCCUUAUUAUCCACCAGAGAACUCAUACCGGAGAGAAGCCUUACAAAUGUAAUGCCUGUGGGAAAGCCUUCAGCCAGAGUUCAACUCUCAUCAGACAUCAGCGACUUCACACUAAAUAGUGGUUGGGCUUUUUCAUUAAUGUUAGCAUAAGAGCACACAGCGUUCAGCUCCUAUACCUGCAAAGAAACACAGAUACGUCUUUGAAGUUUUCUUCUCUACUAGCUAGCUAGGAGCCAGUUUCAUGUUAGCCUUCCUUCCGAUUGUAAACUAGAUCCUCCAAUGAGUGAUAAAUACAAGGGGAUGACUUUAAGAACCUCACAUAGCCCAUCUCCUAUUCUGGAGGACUCCAGCCUUAGAGUUUAGACCUACCUGACACCUUGUAUUUGCUCACUUUAUCUAUUCCAUGGGGCUUGGGUCCCCGAACAGUCAGUGAACCUUGUUCUGACCACAUCAGCCCCUUUACAUGGAGAGGAAGUCCUGUGUGUGUGAUGCUGGCUCCAGUAGCAGAAGAGAAGGAGCUGGCUUCAGAACAGGACAAAAAGCUGCCCACCAGUUUGGUGACAGUAAGUGUUGAGGCAAAUCCAGUCUCUCAUUUUAUAAGGACAGAUUUUUCUCUUAAACCUUUUUUUUUUUUUUGCUGUAGCAUAUUUUCCUCAAAGUAUAAACCAUAGUUCUAAUGUGCCUAACUAAUCCUAGUAUUAUUUUAUCUUACGCUUACCAAGAAUGUCCUAAAACUUAUAUUGAGUUCAUUAUUUAAAAAAAAAACUUGCUUCCCUGGUUUUUACAUUUUUCUUCUGUUUAUAGACUUCAUGAAACAUACCCUGUGGCCCUAACUCUCACCAAUUCUGUAAAGCUGAUCUCUCAAGGACAAAUUCAGUGCCUAUUUCUUAGUCUUUUUACUACUUGACAUUUGUGGAAUUGGCACUUUUGGUCACUCUUAUGCCUUAAAAUUUGAGCUUCUUCUGGCAUCCCUGAUUCUGUGCUGAUCCACGCUUUUCCUACCUCCCAGCGCUCUCUGAUUAACAAUGGUCGGCUCUAUAACUUUGGGCAAGAGUUAGACCAGAAUGGUCUCAUGUGAUUGGGUUAUAAUACUUGAGGUUACUCCCUUAGAUUGGAAGCUUCCUGAAGACAAAGGUCUUUUAGAUCCCUGUGAAACAUCCGAAGUGCUGAGUAGUCACUAACUGACCUGUAAUUACUGCCUACUUUAUCCCAGGUAAUCAGUCUGCUAGAUUUUAUUUGAAAUGGCUUACGAGUUGAUUUCUUUCUCUAUUCUUAGUGCUGCUGCUAGGUGCUCAGUAGUUUGGGCCCAGAUUACAAAAGUCAACACUGCUGCCCUUGUCUCCCUGUCUUUAUCUAGCUGCUUGACUAAACCACCACCUUGUUCACAGAGUCCACAGUUUCUAGGGAAAAGAUCAGACUGUUUAACUCCAAGGUCUUCCACAGUUACAUCUAUUUACUUACUUUCCCUUGUUCCCCAGUACAUGUUGGCAGGCCUGUCCUUUGUGUCUGCUAUACCCUUUCUCACACUUGGCUUCUUUUCACACUAUUCUUUGGCACCCUUUGACAUCUCCUUUCCUCCUUGUGUCUCCAGAAAUCCUGUCCACACUUCAUAAAAGGUCUUGCUGAAAUCCUGCCUCCUCUGACACUUUGAGUCCCCCACCGUGGAAGUCCUUUGCAGUGGUGGUUUGCAUUUGUUUUCCUGCAUUACAAACUUUCCUAUUCUGUUUUCUGAUUGUCUCAGGUGCUUUUUUCCCAUAAGCUUUUGAAGUUAGAAAUUGUCUUAAAUUUCUCAGAAGCCCCAUCUAAUACAUAGUAUAAUGCAGGUCUGGACUCUAGUUUUAAUCUAAACCAGGAGGGUUUAAUUGAAUGGUGCAAUCUCCUUAGUCUUUUGAAUGGAGAAAUAACCUCAUAAAUAUUUUGGUCCUUUUUGUCCUACCUUGAAUUAUGUAAAUUCACUCUUGGGACUAAUUCUCCUCUAGUGCUCCUGGGAUGCUGACCUCUUGGCUUUCCAUUUCAUGAGACUGUUGUAAGGAAUAAGUGAGUUUAUUCAUGUAAAGUGAUGAAAAUGGUGCCUGCCAUAAAGAAUCGAGGGCCCAAGGACAGGAGCCUUCCCAUUCCAGACUCUGGUGUUUUUCCAUUUUGGGAUCUCCUUUGAAACGAGAGGGCCCUUCACGCAGGAGAGGACCACGAUCACCAUCGUCGCUGCAAGCGCGCACUGUGAGGCAGAGACACAGGAUGGCCUCCCAGCUCCACUCCUGGUGCCCUGGCUACGGGCGCAGAGUCUGGAAGCGCAGGCCGACGUGUAACAGCCGUACUCCUCCAGCACGGACCUGAGGAGUUUGGGGGAAUGGCCAGUUGCAGCACAAGAAAUGGAUCCGUGGUAGGACAAAGAAUGAAGGACUGGAGAGAGUUCCAGAAGGCCAGACUGAACGGCACCAUUCCUACUGCAGAAGGGAGUUCUCUCUUCACUAAUGCAAAGCUGUGGGCCUUGACCACACUACUGCCAGUCCCGGCGCAUGGGGAUAUAAUCAAGGGUGCUGACAACUGGGCUGCGAAAGACCAAGGUAGACCCAUGAGACCGAGGCCGUAUCGGGGUCACUGGUCAGGAUUCUGCAGGGGCCAGGUCUCCACAACGCCAUGAGGAGG